AUGGAUAAGAAGGGGCACAGCGCUGCCGGAAAACAAGUCCGCGUAUCAGCAAAAAUUAACUGUACCACAGAAAAAGCCCGAGAAGAUGGUCCUCCCAUGAAUCAAUGCGACAACUAUCGAUACAAAAUGGGCAUCAUCGUCAACUCAACCGUUAAUGCCACCAUCUCAGACAAGGCAAAUCUUCUAGAGAUUGUGCGAGAUGCUGCCGAUCCAGCCACAGCACGCAGUGUAAAUCUGAACAGAACUCUCGUAAUUCCAUUCAGCAACCCGCAACGUACAGUGGAAAAUGGAUCCACUGGUUACUGGGCAUUCCUACCCAAAUUGCACUGUUGGAGUGGUGUUCUCAAAGAUUGUAAAGGUGGCGACGAGGACUGGGAUGGUGAAGUCGUUGUGGCCUGCGGCUACAAGAUACUCAGCAGAGGGGCUAAUGCGAGUACGGCGGAAUACGAUGGCCAAGUCAGCUUUGUCGAGGAAUAUGUAGCGAAGUAUAGCAAGAGCGACGAGGAGGACAGACCGUGGCCAGAAUAUGAAACGGCUGUGGAAUGGGUCGAGGAGCAUAAAGAGGACUCUGAUUCUGGAGCCCUGAAGCAUGCAUCAGCUUAUAGUGCGCGUAUGGCUCUCAUUUGUUUCUCCCUAACUGUUUUACUUUUCUAUAUUUAG